AUGCAGCAAGAAGUCGACAAGGCUAUAGAGGAGAGUAAGAAUGCAGAAGAAAAGGCCAAAAGGGCGAUUAACGAUGCUGCUGUGAUAUCCGAGGAGCUCAAGAAGGAGCAGCACACCUCGGCUCACCUGGAGAGGAUGAAGAAGAACAUGGAGCAGACCAUCAAAGACCUGCAGAUGAGGCUGGAUGAAGCCGAGCAGGUUGCCCUGAAGGGAGGCAAGAAGCAGAUCCACAAGUUAGAGACUCGGGUGCGGGAGCUGGAGAGCGAGCUGGAGAGCGAGCAGCGGCGCCACAGUGAGGCGCAGAAGGGGCUUCGCAAACAGGAGCGCAGGGUCAAGGAGCUGACCUUCCAGACGGAGGAGGACAGGAAGAACCUGGCCAGGAUGCAGGAGCUGGUGGACAAGCUGCAGCUGAAGGUGAAGAGCUACAAGAGGCAGGCCGAGGAGUCGGAGCAGCAGGCCACAGCGAGCCUGGUCAAGUACAGGAAGCUGCAGCACGAGCUGGAUGAUGCAGAGGAGAGGGCAGAGGUCGCAGAGUCGCAGGUCAACAAGCUGAGGACCAAGAGCAAGGACUUAGGUGCCAAGGUACGGGGAGAGUAG